GUCAACUUCUCUUCCGUUCGUGAUAUUGCUGCCUUCGUUUCCAGUUUAUUUCCAGCUUUUUGUUGUGUUUCUGAUGCUCUUUCACUUUAUUUAAUAAUUUCAGGCUUCAUUCGCGUAUUCUAGACAACAUUACAGCCAAUUCCAGGAAGGACAUUUGGCCAUGGCAUUGCAACAUGACCGGCCUCAGUUGAUGAACUCGUCGCCAACGCAUCCCAAGGUCAAGAUAUCAAUGGAUUUCUCAGAUCCGUUGUUCGUCGGAGGUACCCACGUCUGCGGCCAACUCGCGAUGGAGUGCAGGGCUGAUAAAGGGCUUGGGAUCAGUGGAAUGAUGGUGGAACUAUUCGGAACUGAAGAGUUGCUAUCGCGGGACCAUACAGCCAAAGCGCCUUUCCUCUACAGUCGACGGUUAUUCCAAGGGCCAGGCCUUCCACCCUCUAAUGCUGUACAUGCCCGUCCUGCUCCAGGAGACCUUCCGUUGCCGUCACAUUACUAUCAGGCGAAGCGGGGGAAAUCUACGUUCAAUUUUCGCAUACCGAUACCAAGCACCAGUCCAUCGACCAUCAAUUUUGCCUCGGGUUCAGCACGGGUUAGAUAUGAGGUUAGGGCGAGCGUGCAAGUGUUUUGGAGGGGCGAGAAAAAGGUGGUUACUGACACCCGGGAGGUCAAUAUCGUUGAAAGUUUUGAGGAAGACUUCUCCCGAGCAGAGCCUGAGACUGUCGCUGUUGGUGAAAACGGGAAAAUCUGGAUUCAAGGGAAGAUUGUCGGUGGUAUAAUCGUGGCUGGCGAACCUGCGUGUAUAGAAUUACAGGUUAAGAACCAUUCGACCCGCAGGAAUACUGGACUAAUAGUGUCGCUCUCUCGGACUUUACAUCUAGGCAGUGCGGACUCAGACAGGAAAAAACCCCUUCAGAUCUCGGAUAGUUUGUUAACCGUCCCGUUCCGUUUGCCCGAAUACAUCAUACCACCAGGCGCCGAAGGUGUGGCCAGCUUGGUCUUUGAUGUACCAGGGUCCGCUAGGAGUGUUAAGGGUGGUCAUCUUGAGGGUGAUAAGUCAGAAGCACGAAGAACGGAUGCAUUGUUUGAGAUCAGAGCCUCCGUUGAGAUUAAGAUGACUAUGGGCCUUGGGAACAAAGACAUUAUAGUCAAUGUACCAGUUGUCAUUGUUCAUCCGGCAGCCCUACCUGACCUGCCGCCAUUACCACCUCAACUGCCAAAUCCGUUUCCACAUUCACCUGCAUCACCUCAGCAAUACUAUGAGCCUGUUCAAAGCCCGUAUGCAUAUCCUGCCCUUCCGAUGCCACCUCCUAUUCCAACAUACGUAGACCAUAAUCUCGUUUGGAUGCCGCCAUCGGUUCCUCAGACUCCACAACCUUGUCAGUAUUUUCCCCCUCCUGUUCAUCAGCAGCAACACUACUAUCUGCCACCUCCAACGAUGCCGGUCUACACACAGUUGCCACGUCCGUCGAGUGCAGGCCCAAGCAGUAAUCCGAGGUCUCUUUCUCGGCAGUCUCUACUUCCGUUGCCUCAACAAGCACAGUCGAUGGAACCUGAAGCUGGGAAGGGCGAGCGCGCUUCUCGCGUUACGCAGCAUCUUCGACUCUCCUCGCGCAAUCGAUCUGUCUCUCCUCUAUCCCACCGUUAUCCCCUGCCGUCAACUUCUAAUCCCAUUCCUAUAUCUCAAUCACAACAGAACCUUCCUCGGAGCGUAAUCUUUCCUCAUUUGAGCCUAGAAAAUCUUGCGCCGAUAUCAGUUUCGGACAAUGUCGUACAUUCUCCAAGACCGGUGUUGUCCCCCAAGCGGUCGUAUGCUCCCUUACCGAAUUCGCUACCGAAGAGCGAACGAGUAGAAGUGCUCGAACGGCUAGCCGAUGAGGUUGGCAAACAAACUAAGGAUCUGUCUGGAGACAUACCGAAGGACGAGCCUGUGGAUAAGUCGCCUGCUCCCCCUCGAUCCGACCUCGACAAGACGUUACCUGGCCCUCCUGUUCCAUCUGGCAAAGUUCCGCCAUCCACGCAGUCUCGUCCGCGAGCUGAUUUGUACUUUGCUAAUGCCGAUCCCAUUCCUAUAACUCCGCCGGAACCUGCACCCGCACCGCUUGACCACACACCUCCUACGCCAACGCUUACCGCGAUCACGCCACACAAAAGGGUGAAAAAUGGAACAGGUUAUUUGGGAGCCGCUAACACAGAGAAUGGCUUGGACGCUUUGGAGCGCAGACUACUGGCUGAAGUUGGGACACGGAAGUUUGAUGUUGAAGAGCGGGGGCCAGACGCCAGAACAGCCUUGGCACCUAUAGAUAUACCGAAAAAGCAGGACCCGGAGACUCUCAAUGAUUCUGCUAUAUCGAGCCUGACGUUGGCGGAUGAUCAUGAGUGGGAGGAAAAGACGCAUAGAGGUGCCGGAGUCAUGUCGAAUGCGUCUGGUGAUGAAGGGAGGCGAGAGACGAGUGGGAAGAGUGUCAAGGGCUCUCCUAGUAAGGAAAAAGAUGGUGAUAAGAGAAGCGGAAAGAAGAAGAGGGAUGGCGAUACAUCCAAGAUGAGGAAGGCCAAGGGAAGAGUAGCGGAGUGGUUAGGCGGUAUGCAAGCUGAUCCUCCGCCGGCACCAAAUGAUCCUUCUCCUGAUAUGUAUGCAAUUGAACCCGAACACGCACAGGCAGAGGUUUCCAUCCGCAGGGUUUUGGAGGUGAUAGACGUAAAAGAAGAAGAAACCCAAAGCAAGGAGAUGUCUUCACCCGACCAUCGAUCGUCUGGAUUUGUGCCCAUUGGUACUCUCAAGAGAGAUCUGUACACUCGGACGCUAGUUCCAAAGGACGCAAGUCCACCUGAAGAUGUUAAGCAGAUUACCGAUUUGUGGGCUGCGUCAUCAGCUCACAAGGCUAAAGCUACAUCUAUCCAAGCUGACCGAAAAAUGUCGCCUCCUUCAAUGAUCCCCCCCACACCACCUAUUCCUACGAAUCCAUGGAAAUCUCUUAAAUCUCCUGCGGUCUCUCCAAAGAAGGACGUCCCCCCUUCUUCUCGACUUGCCGUUUCCCCGUCAUCCAAGAGCACAGAUCCCGAAGUCAAAUAUGGUGUACGCUCUGCCCGGGGCGGUCGCGGUGGAAAAGUGACUGCUGUUGCUGCUAUAUGGGCUUCUGGAGCUGUCAACGACGGGAAAGGAAAAGAUGUGCAGCCCGCGUCCCCUUCGCCGCUUUUGAAACCACGCAGGUCUGGCGCAAUCACACCGACCGCUGUGCGAAAACCCCCCAUCGCUCCCAAACCUCCCCCCGUUGCUAAGAAGCCGGUUAUCAAGUCGACUUCUGUUCCGGCGAUUCUCUCGUCUUCGCAUGCGACGCCAACGCUUUCAAGCACAGCGUCCCUUGCGAAGCCGCCUCUCGCGAAGCCCAGGUCGCCGGUGACUCUCCCUCCUACUAUCAGCGAGAUGGAUGCACCAGCAAAACCAAAGGUCUCGCCUGCACCUGUCGUGGAUUCCAAACGUCCAGCAGAUCUGGCAUUCGGCCAAGCGAAGCUCAGAGAUCUCAUCAAGAAGUACCAGGGCUGAUAUGCGCCGUCUCUUUUGUGUUCUCGUGUUACCUUUGAUUUAUUCGUCCAUCUUCACGCAGUAUAUAUAUUAUUCUUCACGAUGCAUAUACCUCAGUACAUUAUAUCGAUAGCGACACGACCCAUAUUCAUGAAUGUAAAUGACUAUUUCUUUACAGACAAUCAAUAAUGUAACCCCAUCAUUUUGGAGC